ACGUCCCCUAUCCUGUCAUAUCCGAUUGAUUCCUUCUCUCUUCCUUAUCGUCCGAUCUCGGCCUGCCAGCAGCCAGGCGCAUGAUCGGGAAGGCACCCAUAUCGUUGCACCGCACAACCAUCCACGCUUCCCCCCUUCCUCCUUUCUUCCUCACCGUUCCCAUUCGCUUUCAUCCAAUUCAACAAAGUUCUAUACUAUACAAAAGCACCCACUUCAGAAUGGGCAGCAUAACAACCAACGAAGUCGCUGGAGGCCUCAUCUCAGAAAUUCGUCACUUUUCCCGCCAAUUGGUCCGAGAAUGGGGGUUCAUGAGCACGGAAGCCGCGGGGACUUCGUACCCAGCCUCAGCAGUCCACGCUCUAAUCGAAAUCUCUCUCAACGAAGGCCUAAUGAGCGCAGAGCUCUGCGCGCCCUUGAACCUAGAUAAGAGCUCCGUGUCUCGUGUAGUGAAGAAACUCGUCGAAGCUGGAGAAUUGGAAGAAGAGUUUGAUGGUGGAGCUGCUGGGAAGGGUGAUGGGAGGGUAAAGAGAUUGGUAUUGAGUGCGAAGGGGAGGGAGACUGUUAGGGUUGUUAAUGAGUAUGGCAACCACCAAGUAGCCAGUGCUCUCGCCAAACUCCCCACAACAACCUCACCAACCACCAUCCUCACCGGCAUCACAGCCUACGCCACUGCUCUCCGCGCCUCCCGCCUCAACUACUCCCCCAGCACCAGCAACCCUCCCACCAUCACCAACCCACCUCUUGAUCUCCACCUCGCCCCCAAACCAACAAUCCAAAUCCUCCCCGGCUACCGCCCCGGCCUAGUCGCCAGCACCCUUCAACUCCACAUGUCCUUCUACAACGCAUACUACGCCCUCGGCCUAGAAUUCGAAACCAACCUCUCCGCCGAAAUGGCCGAACACGCACCCCGCCUAGACGGCCUCAAGUCGCAAGCCUGGGUUGCCGUCUCCUCUAAUAACAACCAAACCGUAGGCAGCGUCUGGAUCGACGGCAACUACGCCGCCGCUGCUGAAACGGAAAAAAAGGUUGCGCGGUUGAGAUUCUUUGUUGUGGCGGACGGGAUGCAAGGGAUGGGGAUAGGGAGGCGGUUGAUUGGGGCUGCGAUUGGGUUUUGUGAUGAGAAGGGGUUUGAGGAGUGUCUUCUUUGGACGUUUAAGGGGUUGGAUGCUGCGAGACGGUUGUAUGAGAAGGUGGGGUUUCGGCUUGUGAGUGAGGAGAUGAAGGGGAUGUGGGGGAAGGAGCUUUUGGUUCAGUGUUUGGUUAGGAAGGGGGGUGGAGGGCCCGUUUGAUGAGAGGAUGUUCCAUGUGAGAGGUGAGGAUA